AUGGCGGCUACCGUGAAGAAACAUGGAAUUCGUAAGAGACGUUUUCCGCAAAGCGCCACGAGGCAUGCUUUAGCUUCACCCUAUCAUCUCGAAUGGCCUGCAUUGAAAAGAGGAGGCAGCACGGCCAUUAUAAAUGAAAUUAUUAGGGUACUUGAACCACUUCAGUUUGAACAACUGUGCACUAAAUCAAGGAAAGCCUCGGAGCAAAAUGAGAAAGAUAAAGUAAAGCAUCUGAGAUCAGGCCUUCUCUUGGGCCUCUCCAAUGUUAUAAAAGCUUUGGAAAGAGGAACUGUCAGAUUAGUGUUGGUUGAUCACCAUAUUGAGCCACCUGCUCUUCUUCAGCAUAUUCUCCUCCUGUGUACGACAAGGAAGGUUCCUGCUGGUGCCAUAUUUGGUAUGAGUAACUCAAGAGUUCCACAUGUGCUUGGGGUGCGCAAGUUGGCAGCUUUUGCUUUUAAGAACACUGAUGUUCCAACAAUAUAUGAUGGUUUGGUUGAUUAUAUCACAACUAAAAUUCUGCCUCUUGAUGUACCUUGGCUUCUCUCAAGUGAAGAGCAAAGAGAAACUCCUACUGCCAUAUACACUGCUGAGGGAGCGGAUUCUGACAAAAAACAAUUUCCAGGUAUCCAGGAUAUGGAGUUUGAAAUGGGAGAAUAUAAUGAUGAUGGCAAAAAUGGAAAUUUGCCCACAGGUGAAAGCAAAUCAACAAUUUUGCAAGGUGCUGGAGAUUCCAGUGGUAAUAUCUCAAGCAAUGAUGAGGCCAACAGAAUUUUACCUGGGACAAGUGCUUCCUUUGUAAGUUUGCAAGAUGCUAAUGUUAAUAUAUCACUCGCUGAUGGAAGCCCAGCAUGUAGUGACAAUACGGUUCUCAACUCAUCAGAUGUCUGUACAGACAGUAAUUCCAAAUUGCAUUGUAGUGGCAAUUGUAUUAGCAAUUCACAAGGUAAUCCUGAUGAUACACAAUGUAGCAGUGAUGCCAAAUCAAAUAGAGAUAGCAGCAAAGGAAGAAGAUAUGGACAGCCAAGUUUAGUUUAUUUAAGACCUUUUGUAAAGAGCUAUACGGUAGAGAAGGACAAACUCUCCAAAUAGUCUAUCAGUGUUUUGACUAUUGCUCCUAUCACUGAUUGUUGUUGUUGUUGUUGUUGUUGUUGGAAAAUAAAUUGAAUUG